UUUUUUGUGUUGUUUUUGUUGUUAUUCCAUUUUGAUACGGUUUUUCUGCUUUUUGUUUUUACAUUGAAGCGUCGAUCAGCUGCGUUUUAGAAAGUUAAGACAGCAAAAGAAAGAUGAAGAGAAGAAGAAAAUACAAGAACGGCACAACAUAAUAAGAAAGUCUUUUUUAGUUCUUCAUCGACACGUCAUUUGCUGCAGUGUUUCGUGGUUUUCUGAUUGGUUUUGUUUACUUAUUGGAAUUAAUAUUUUAAAUGAAAUUCAAUUUCAAAAAUAUAUUUUAAAUAAAAAUGAAUAAACACAACAAAUCUAAAACAGCAGCCACAAAAGUGGAAAAUAUAGCAAAAGUUGAGGCCAAAACUAUGGACGCCAAAUUAAAUUGGUGGCUAAUCUUCGGUGUUGUUGUCUUAUUGACACUGAGUACCCGCUUUUACAAGGUAACAGAACCCGACCAUAUAUGUUGGGAUGAGACGCAUUUCGGUAAAAUGGGCAGUUGGUACAUAAAUCGAACUUUUUUCUUCGAUGUGCACCCGCCACUUGGUAAAAUGCUUAUUGGUCUCUCCGGCUACCUUACAGGGUACAAUGGUACAUAUCCAUUUGAAAAACCUGGUGACAAAUACAAUGGCACGAAAUAUGAAGGAAUGCGCUAUUUCUGCACAACACUGGGUGCACUUAUAAUGCCGAUGGCCUUUGACAUUGUUCACGAUAUGACGCGAUCCAAUGUGGCGGCAGUUAUAUCGGCGGCCUAUCUAAUUUUUGAUGUGGGUAUGCUGACACUUAAUCAGUACAUACUCCUGGAUCCGAUUUUGCUGUUUUUCAUGACAGCCUCUGUGUGGGGCAUGGUGAAGGUGUCAAAAACUACAAGCAACGGAGCUUCGUAUACGUUCAGUUGGUGGUUAUGGCUACUCUUUACUGGUACUAUGAUAUCUUGCACCAUCAGCGUUAAAUUUGUCGGACUCUUCGUUGUCCUGCUGGUCGGCUUGAAUACAGCCAACGAACUGUGGAUUAUCCUGGGUGAUUUACGUAAGCCAAUUCUGGAGACUAUUAAGCAAAUUGUCUGUCGUGCGUUGACAUUAAUUUUAUGGCCAAUCCUGCUGUACAUGGUCUUCUUCUACAUUCACUUGACUGUGCUUAAUCACAGCGGAAACGGCGAUGGCUUCUACAGUUCUGCAUUUCAGUCUCGUCUCAUCGGUAAUAAUUUGUAUAAUGCAACAUUGCCACGAAAUGUGGCAUAUGGCGCGCUUGUAACUAUCAAGAAUCAUAAAACUGGAGGAGGAUAUUUGCAUUCGCAUUUUCAUCUCUAUCCGAAAGGUGUUGGAGCCAGACAACAGCAGAUUACCACAUACACACACAAGGACGAUAACAACAAAUGGCUUUUGAAACCGUACAAUAAGGAAACCGUAACUGAUUUGAAAUUACUGAAAAACGGCGAUCAAAUACGUUUGGAACACGUUGCCACCAAGAGGAAUUUACAUUCGCAUGCUGAACCGGCGCCAGUGACCAAAAAACACAUACAAGUGACUGGUUAUGGGGAUAAUGGAGUUGGCGAUGCAAAUGAUAUUUGGAGAGUUGUCAUUGUUGGUGGCAAAGUGAAUAACACAGUGAAAACGGUUACAACCAAAGUCAUGUUCAUCCAUGUGCUUCAGAAUUGCGCUCUUACUGCAAGUGGAAAGCAGUUACCAAAGUGGGGUUUCGAACAGCAGGAAGUAUCUUGCAAUCCAAACUUACGCGAUAAAUACGCCUAUUGGAACUUUGAAGACAAUCAUCAUAAAAAGUUGCCCAAAGUGAACUUUAAUGUCUACGCACCAGGAUUUUUUGCGAGAUUUAUUGAAUCGCACGCUGUGAUGUUUCAAGGCAACGCUGGACUUAAACCGAAAGAAGGAGAAAUUACCAGCAGACCAUGGCAAUGGCCUAUUAAUUACCGGGGCCAAUUUUUCUCGGGUAGUGUUUAUCGCAUUUACUUGUUAGGAAAUCCAAUAAUCUGGUGGAGCAAUCUAGUUUUCCUGGCGCUCUUUUUAAUCGUUUUCUUUGUUAUGGCUAUUAAGGAACGUAGGAUGGCGGGGCAACGCCUAUUACAGGAACGACUGAAACAACUUCAAGUAGAACAGCGUCAAAAUCAGAAGUCGAAACAGGACGAACAACAACAACAACAGCAACAACAAGAGGAAGAACAACAAGAAGAACUGGCAAGCAAACAAGAAAAAGAAAACACUUUUAAUGAAUUUCCAAAAGGACAUGUCGCCUGUGAGGCACUUGAACCGGAUGUGGACAAUUCUGCUGUUAAUAAUAAAAAUGGAAAUGAAAACGGUUCCCAGAGAAGGUCACUCAAAGCAGCCACCUGGUUGUUCAUUGGUUGGGCGCUUCAUUAUUUUCCAUUUUGGGGGAUGGGACGUGUGCUCUAUUUUCAUCAUUAUUUUCCAGCUUUAAUAUUUAACUCCAUGUUAACAGGUGUCAUGUUCAACUUUUUAACUGGCUGGUUGCCAAGAUGGCUGCAGCACGCACUGCUCGGUACUCUGCUGUCGAUAUUGGCUUACAGCUUCAUACUAUUCUCGCCGCUUGCAUACGGAAUGAGCGGACCGACUGCUAAUGAGCCCAAUUCGACAAUGCAUGGCCUGAAAUGGCUACCAACGUGGGAAUUUUAAUUAGUUUUUUUUUCUUCUCAAUUUUCAACCUCUACUGAUACCGCACUACAAAAUUUCGUUUUGGACUAUGCGAAAAUGAUCUGACAUGCCCUGUGAAUGCCAAUGCUAUUAUGUAUCGCAUUGCUAAACGUAUUAAUAUUUUUGGUUCCAUUUCUGCCGGCAUCAGUUUAUCCAUAAUUAGGAAACCAUAAAUGCUUUAGGAUUUUGUCAUGGGCAAAAUCAAACUUGAUGGACUUCACUAUUUGUUUUACGACCGCUGCACUUGUCGUCAUGAUAGCUAAAACUGCAUCUGAUGCUUCAGUAAUUUUGUUACAAAAUGCUUCCAUUAGACAAUUAAGGAUUAGUACAUAUGAAGAUAUUGCCUCAACAUAUUUUUAAAUUGACAUCAUCAUAAGUAUGAAUUUUUUAUAAAGUUUCAUCAUAUUACAAUAUGAUAUGAUUAUAUGUAUGAUUUUAUCAUUUUAUAAUUUUUUAUAGAUUUUAAUUUAUUAAUAAACCGACUGAUUUUUAA